AUGGCAGAGGAACAGAAGCCCGUUGAAGUCGCCGAGACUACCCCCGUCGUCGCCGAGCCUGCAACUGAGACGAAGCCUGUUGAGGACAAGCCCGUCGAGACCACGCCUGUUGCCGAGGCUGCUGCUACUGAGGCACCCGCUGAGGCUACCGAGACAACCGAAGCCGCCGCUCCUGCUGAGGAGGCUAAGGAAGAAGUGAAGCCUAUCGAGGCUGGUACCCUGGAGCACAAGGGUGCUCCCGCCAACUUCCCCAAGAACCUCAUCUACUCUAAGCAGCACUUCUGGUUCGGCACCGAUGCCAUCCCCAAGGACAAGCUAGCUACAUACCUCAAGAAUGAGAAGGCCACCGAGGUUGCUCACCACGUCACUGCCUGGGCUGCCGAGACUGGAAAGGGUCUUUUCUUCUACGGCAAGGAGAGCGAUAAGAGCACCCCGACCGGCGCUAUCCAAUUGGCUGAGGCUUCUGAGCCUACCGCUGAGGGCGCUACCAAGUUCUCUUUCACUGCCAAGGGUCACAAGCACGCAUUCAAGGCGCCCACUGCCGCUGACCGUGAUAACUGGGUUGAGCAAUUGAAGCUUAAGAUUGCUGAGGCCAAGGAGCUUGCUGCCACUAUCGCUGAGACUGAGGCGUACAAGCAGACUCUUGAGAGCUUGAAGCCUGCUAAGGAGGAGAAGCCUGCUGAGGCCGAGCCUGCGAAGGAGGAAGCCAAGGAGGAGCCUAAGGAAGAAGACAAGAAAGAAGAACCUAAGGAGGAGGAUAAGAAGGAAGACGGUAAGGACUCCAAGCGCCGAUCUGCCAGCCGAAAGCGUGCUUCCAUCUUCGGCAACCUUCUUGGCAAGAAGGAGGAGGCCAAGAAAGAGACCCCCGCUGAAGAUAAGUCCGCCGAGGACAAGCCUGCCGAGACCGCUGAGGCUGCUGAGCCUAUCCCUGAGGACGCAGCCGCUGCUACCGAGACUCCGGCCGUCGAGACCCCUGCUGCCGAAGAGGCCAAGAAGGAGGAGCCUGUCAAGCCUACUCCUACCAAGCGUGCUAGCCUUUUCGGUGGUCUCUCCUUCGGAAAGAAGAAGGUUGAGUCUGAGUCUGCUCCCGCGACUCCUGCUAAGGAUGCCCCUGUCGACGCCUCAGUUGCCGAGACCGCUCCUGUGAUCCCUGCCGUCGAGACUUCUGAGCCUCUUUCGACUGAGGUUGCCUCUCCUACCACUAUCCCUGAGACAACUGAUGCCGCUCCUGCCACCAACGGUGAGACCAAGGAGAAGACCGAGAAGCGCAAGUCUUCUCUCCCCUUCGGCUUCGGCAAGAAGGAGAAGACUGCUACCUCUGACGAGGAAGGCGAGAAAGUCAAGUCUCCUCCCUUUUUCUCCAAGCUCCGCCAGACCGUCAAGGGUAAGGGCAAGGCUGAGAAGCCUAUUGAGGAGUCCAAGGCUGAGGACGCCAAGCCUGCUGAUGUAGCCGAGGAGACCGAGCCUGCUAAGGAGGCUGAGGCUGAACCCGCUGUUGCCCCCAUCGCUGAGGAGACUUCUGCGGAGAAGCCUGCUGCUGCUGCACCGGCUCCCGUCACCGCUGCCGCAUAG